AUGCAAGUCUCAUUUUGUCAUUCUUCAUGUUCUGGAGGACAUUUUAUUAUCUUUCGUCAGCUAAAGUGCAAUCUCGCAUAGUAACAUCUUAUCCACCAUUUUAUGAUAAAAUGCAUCUCAUCCAAGCAUUUAAUCAUGAUUCCACCAAAAUAAAAAACGUCUGGAUUGCAUCCUCUUAGAAAAUUAACAAAGAUGACGGUUUAGCUACCAAUGCAUCCCACUUCAUUUCGUUUUUAGUCUCGUCCAUCGCCGGCCCUACCGCUACCACAGCCACUCCCGCCGCCACAACCACCACCGUCGAUGAUAACAUUACCCAUUCCGCCACCACCGUGAAUGCCAACGUCUACACUACAGCUGCUGGCGCAUCCGCAGGUGAAUGCCACGACUAUCCAGACUGCGAUAAAAACGACGGUGACGACCCAAAACAUCACAAAUCCAUCCAUUCUCUUCUGUUUCACCGCCGAGUGGGGAUUUAUGAUAGUUUGGACCAUGUGACGAAGGAUACCCCUACCGUGGACAAGCAUGAACAGCAUGGCGUCCCCAUGACGUCAGCAACUUUAGCUGGCGUUGGGACCUCCAGAACUUUGCCGUGUGCAUCAUGCUAGAUUAUGUAGGAUCCUGGUCAAGGUUAGGUUACACAUGCGUAUGCAUAUCUUAAAAUCGUGGAGAAGUUAAGUAUUUCUUAUUGAUUUCAGACCGAAAAGGUUGGGCCUUUCUAUUGAACACCUUACACUAAAUAUCUCCUAAUUUUCCCGAGGGCUUAUGAAAAAUGUCAUAUGAUACCGAAAAGAUUGAAGUUUUAAUAUUUUAAGCCCAGCUAACAGGAUCCACUAGUUAUCACCCCAGCCCCACUGACACCUCCACUGCCUUCCUCGAUCCUUGGGUCAAUCCUAGACGAGAUAUAUAUAUAUAUAUAUUUAUGGUCAAAUAUCAACGAUACUAAUCCACCAGCUCAUUGUGUUGCCGUCAUUUCGUCUUGUAUCCCGCCGGCGUCGUCAACCCCAGCGCUCGCCGCGGGCAUAUGCCCCUGAUCGACGAGGCGACACGAUACGAGACCGAAGGGUAUGCUGCCUGGCUCAACAGGAGGUGAUUCCUAGGCCGUCGUCGACAAUGGACACGAUACGUGGACCCAUCGUGCCGCCUUCUCUCUUCCCUGGCGGCAUGGGGGAAGGAAGCGAGGGUGUCAACAUGGCCGUCACAGCAUCAAAGAGGCCCAAAAAUACAAAUUUUCCUGAGAACUAGCUUCUCCUAUUCGAUCCCACUUCGUCCGACACCGAUGUAGACUCCUCUCCUACGUCGGUAUAUCUGAUAUUCUGUCCCAAGAUCCGACGAUAUACGACUUAAAGACAUGCAUUAUAAUUACGACUGGACCACCCCACCAAGGCCUCUACAUCGUCAUGUCUGCCGUCUUCCUUGUACAGAGGAGUUUAAAGAAUAAGGCGUCUGUUAAGACAGUCGAAACAAUAGGAAAUUAGUCCCAGGCGAGACAUGAGAUAGGACUAGGACGACGACGGCCAGGACGAAGACGGCGGAGACUCAAGGUUUCUGAUAGGUUGCAUACCCUUAGCUCGCAACCCCACCUUCGGGCACACGGAGUAGAUCGAUUUAUGAUAACCGUCGGGGGGGAUGGUGGACGUCAUGAUUGACCUCAAAUCUCAGUGUUGGGAACUUUUGUAUCAAGUGGAAAGAAAAUUGGGGGAGAGGGGAUAUCCACAUGGUUAGCCCCAUAUCGGGCAUUGUUGCCCUACUCGCCGUGCCCAGUGAGCUCCUCGAUAGGGUGUUCUCAGUAAGGAAAGAAUAUAGAAAUGCAUUCGCUCCCCCUCGGUUUUUCCGAGGGAUUACCCGUAGAUUCCGUGGGAGACAAUGUUUGACUUUGACUUUAACACCAAGGCUUAGCAAGGGCAAAUCUGGUAAGAGGCCAUGAUAAUUCCGAUAGAAAUGGCGUGUCAUGCUUUCAUUUAGUUCAACGAUUCUAUUUAUUUCUAAAAUAACGUAGAGAAGCUGAGAAUAGUACGUGAACCCACUAGAGGAUUAUUUAGUAUUAUAUUUUCGCAACUUCUAGAAUUAUGCACAAAAAGAAGUAAAUAAAAACCAUAUGCAAAACUUAGAAUGCAUGUAGAUGGCUUCGAUGAAUAUAAUCUUAGAAAAAACAGAUUGGGUAUCUAAAUAAAUUAAUGAAAUAACCGUGCAGAUGAAAAUAGAAUAAUUGAUAUCAAAUAAGCUGAGGUCAUUGAAAAUAUUGAACAAGUAUUUCGAAGUUUAACUUCACAUAGUUUAUCAAAUGCUCCUCACCGUGAGGAUCCAAUUCAUCUACCUCUCACUUGUGAUCAGAAAGACAGAAAUACUUCAUUUUCAGUAUAAAUAUUCAGAAAAUAUUGUUUAAUAUCCAAAACGUGAAUUUCAUAUUUUCAGUCAUUGGCGAGUUAUCGAGUGAGCAUAGAAAUAUCCUUAGCAUGCAGAUCAAGUAUGAGAAUUACACAAGAAAAAACUGACAAAUAUCUUGAAGUGGCUGCUACCCAAAAGACUAUCUAUUCUAUGUCACUAUCAAAAUGUCAACGGUCUCCCGUGGGCAUCGAGUAUACCUUGUGAGCACCUUAUUCCUUGCCCCGCAACACGACACAUCAUCGUCUCCUUAGCUUUCUUGCCGUCAUAGCAAGAAUUGAUUAUUCACUUGAUCAAUGAUUGAAGUUAGAGGUUACGUGUAAGGUCUAUUAUAAGUGGAUCCACUAAGAUGAAUCCAACCUAUACACUAUUCGAUUGUGUAAAUAGGUAUCCAUCCUUUUAAAAAAAAAAAAAAAAUUAAGCAUUUUUCCUUUCUGUCUUUCUCGCCUAACCCUAGAGCUCAACGGCUCUCUCUCAGACAACAGGGGACGACAGCAAGGCUUGAAGCAGUCAAGGAACUUCGACAUGGUAUCAAAGCAGGUCAACUGUGGUCGUUCCAAGUUAUCUUGACUAAUAGAACGUUCGCUUGGAUUUUAUUCUUUCAAUUUGUUGUGGAAUACGUGUCCUAAAUUUUGGCUGCCUUGGUGAGAGCCUAUCAUGUCCUACGCUCUUCUAUACAAUCAUUUUCUAACUGUUUAUUGAGUAUAUUCAUUGGCCAAUGCCCUAUUUACCUCUCCUCUCAUUCUUCGAGUAGGGAGAACAGUUUGUAUCGUCUUGGGUAGAAGUUGUUCCUACUAUUUCUCUAUUUUGUCUUGUACCUCUGUAUAGAAGCCGAGAGCGUAACUUUUGCUGGUUGAAGAAAAAAAAUAUUACGUCAGAAGUGAUCGAAAUAUUUUCGAUUUCUGCAUAAUAUACUCGAGCUCUAAGCUAUAACUAGAGCUGCCAAAUGUACUUAAUGAAUUCAAACUCAAGGGGAGGAAUCUCCUCGAGUGGAGUGAGUUCAUUGAAAUAGUUUUAACAAGAACAGAGAAAUCAGAACAUGGUCUUGAACCAGGACUUGACCAAACAGAUCAAUGGUUCAAGCUAUGGAAAGAAGAGGACGCGAUUAUAAAGCUAAGUAAGAUCAACGCUGAGUACCUUCCGAUAGGCCUCUCAAAUUUUGUCAACCUUCUUGGGGUCCCUCUUGCGCGCCUUCUGCUGGGCCUCCGCGGCAGCGCGCCUUCGACCCGUUUCCCCCACAUGAAAGCAUUACAAAGUGACAGUAAAGAAGUUCAGUGAGCGCUGGACGUGUUCUCUCACCCCGCCUGAGCUAAUUUAGUACACCUCUUCCUCGUCCUCCCCACGCUCACCUCCCCCUCAACCUCUUCUUCGGGGACCUUCCAUCGACCCAGCUUGGCCCUUGUAGCCAUGCAGCAAUGUGCGCCAUUGCCAUUGCCAUUGCCACGUCCGCCUCUCUAUCGCAUCAUCUCUUCCGACAGUCUAUGGAGGUGUGACGUUCAACGGUGUGCCCUUGGCUGCCCGCGACCUGUCCCGGACAGGCGACUUGCGCGCUUCGCCAUUCAGUUACCUUUCUGUCACUUGCAAUCACCCCUUGACUGUGGCACGCAUUAGAGCUUUGAUGAAAAACUGAAACGCAGGAGACCUCGAUAUUUCCCGAUUUCCCAGGAGGCAUUUGGAGUUAUUACCGCAGAAAAUAAUAAUGUCUGCUGCUCUGAUGGGAAAAAGGGUGCCAGCGGGAGUGGUACCGUCGCAUUAACGGCGGGAGGAGUCACAGAAGAUAAGUUCGACGGUUCCCGUUAAUGUCGUCCAGAUUGAUCUACCCUGCUCCCAAGCUGGUUCUGCUGGCUCUGUUACAUCAAAAUAAAAUUAUCACAGUUUAUAGACUCAUUGAUUCUUGAGGCCACGCACUAUUCGUGGGAGAAUUCUGGGUCCGUUUCAGCAACUUAUCAUUCUCCCUUCAGAAGAUUUAUUUCACAGUUCAGGCUAAGCAGGAGGUGACCCCCAAAGGGACACCUACCCGUCGACCCAUCGUGUCGCGUAAUCUCCUCUGUCGGCUUGGGCGAAGGAAGCGAGUGUGAAAGCGAGGCCAUCGGAGGUUCGGGAGGAGGGAAACGAAUCGACCUCCGGCAUUGUCACAAAGAUCCGCAAGGAAAUGAAGAUAUAGAAAUUAAAUUUUUGUUGAGGUUUUGCUUCUCCUAUACGAUCAUACUUCUUCCGACACCGAUUAGACUCCGUUCCUACAUCAGUAAAUCUAUUUUUCUGUCUGAAGAUCCGACGAUAUGCGACUUAAAAGACAUGCAUCAUAACUGUGAUUGCACCACCACACCAAGGCCUAUCCAUCACCACAUCCGCCGUCUUCGUUGAAGCAGGAGUCGAGAGAAUCAGGCGUCCGUUACGACAGUCAGAAUAAUCGGAAACUAGUCCAUGCCGAGGCAAGUAUUAGGAUUAGGACGACGAUGGUCAGGACGCAGAUGGCAGAGACUGUUACGGCUUCUGACAGGUUACUCCCACAUGAAAUCUCUUAGUCUGUUUUGGGAACGGAGUCUCCUUGCCUGUUUCUUCCCCGAAACUCCUCCGUCCCUUAUAUUUAAUGUCCUUGGGCUUCUUCGACUAGACAUUUGUCCUCAGAUAUAAGUAGCUGAAAGUUCACAGGAUUCCGUGUGGCACAAUCUGACUUUGACAGUCGUAGUUUCAGAAAACGGAUAAUCUGAUUAGGGGCUAUGAAAACUCAAAUAGAAACGGCGCCAUCAUGGCAUUUCGUUCAACAAUCCUAUUUAUUUACGAAAUAACGUAACGGAGAUGCAGAGAACUGGGAUGAUGAACCCACCAGAGGAACAUUUAGCAGGUAUCUUUCUUUGCAACUUUCCAUAUGAUGACAUAACAGAAGUAAAAGGAAAACCAUAGACGAGAUCUAGAACGUAUGUCGAUGGCUUCAAUGAAUAUAAUCCAAGCAAAAACAUUCUAGGUCUCUAAAUAAAUCAAUGAAAUAACCUUGGAGGUGAGAGUAAUUGAUAUCAAAUAAGCUGAGAUCAUUGAAAAGUGAACGAGUAUUUCUAAGUUUAAUCUCCUAUGGUUUAUCCGAUGUUCCUCACGCGGAGAAUCCACUGCAUCCAUCUCUCGCUUGUGAUCAGAAAUACUUAUUUUUCACAUUUUCAUUGGUUAGCUAGUUAUCAAGUGAGCUUAGCUGUAUCCUUCAGCGUGAAGAUCAAAUAUGACCAUUAAACAAACAAAAACUGACAAAGAAUGGUUUAGCCAGUAUCCUUUACUAUGGAUCGGUAAAGGCUUCCCUAUGUCAUGAACUGAGAGUCUUGAAACACAUUGUUCGCAUUUUAUAAUAAGCAACUUUAUUUAUCUUAUGAUGUGAUGUAUUAUUUUUGAAUCUUUGAUACUUAUUCCAGAAAUUAUGCAAUUUGCACAUUUUCUACUGACGUUUCACUUCUUAGGAAUAAUGAUAAAUUUGUAGACAAGGAUUUAUGAUAAAUAUAAAACAAUUUCAAUAAAGCAGCCCACUUAUCUAAGAAAAACAUUUUUUGUAACCUAGGGACAUUCAAUCAGAAUACGGAUGGGCUUUCUAGCAGAUUAUGCAUAAUGACUACAAGUGCUUGGUGAGAUCUUUCUCAGUCUUUCAUUUUGAUUUCCUUUCACUAAAUAAGACUGGAAAUAGAGAAUAAGAGAAUAGAGAUUAUGACUUGGACAGAAGAUAAGAGUAGAGAAUAAACAAGGAUAGAUAAAAAGACUCUGAAGGAGGGGUAUGUUUCGGGAAGGUUCUUGCUCAUCUUUAGACUGGCCUCUAUGUUCCAGAGCAGCUCAAUGUCAUGGUGGUGAAUAAUCAAUGGUUCCAUCAUCAUCUUCAAAACCUAUCAUCAAUUGUCACCACCGCAUCCAACUCCACUACCACCAUUAUCACUCACACUACCACCUUCAAUGUCUAUGCUGCCACUAAUUUCAUCGCCGUCUUGGCCACAAGUUGCAACACAGACAAAUAUGAAGAACACUAUGAAGCAGAAUAUGAUGAUAGUAGGGACAAAAAUCGUAUCCAUCUUUAUGUUCACCUAUAGGAAUAAAUAUGCAAAUAUAGAAGAGAAAUCACUAAGCUAUUAAGAAUUAUGAUGAGAACAAAACUACCACCAUACACCUCUAAUUCAUGUAUCAAUGCCCUCCAGACGACUCACACAUUAGGGUGUCAAUAAUAGACUCUUAUCUCCUUCUAUAAAAACUUCACUUGUAAUAGAAGAAAGAAGAGAUACUAAGAAAAAAGAAGAUAGCUGAUGGAGAGAGAUAAUAGAAAGAAGAGAGAGAGAGAGAGAGAGAAAUCUCUCAUUGUCCAUCGUACUCAAAAAAAGAGAAAUAUAUGCCCCUAUUUAUAGAAAAAAAAGAUAAAUGCCCCUUAAAAUAAGACAUUUCGAUCUACAUGUGAAGAGCCACCUCCUGUCUCAACAUUCAAAAGAUGUGCAAGAGAGCCUCUCCUAUCUUACUCACUUGGGAGAUGUCUGAGGAGUGAGGAAUGAUGAUGCGGUUUUCACCUCAUCUUGUUUGACCUAGUUGGGGGUCAUGUAGGGAGAGAAAAAUAGUUGUCACCUCAUCCCUUUUGACCUGUUUAGGGGUCGUGUAGGGAGAGAGAGAGCAAGAAACGAGGGAGAUUGAAGCCAUCACUUUUGAGAUGUUGAUAAAUCCAAAAAUCAUGAUGAAUUAUGUUGUUGUUUUUCUUUUAAAAUUUAUGCGAUAAUACUUAUAAUUCAACUUAAUCACUCAAUAUAGGUAGAGUGUAAGUAAGGGGUAGAAUCCACAAGGAGGAAUGAUAGAAAUCUGAAUUCAAGUUUUUCAUGAAGAGAAAGGAAAUUCAAAUAGAAGAAAGGGGAAAAUAGCUGAGAAGAUAAAGAAGAAAUGGAAAGAUGAUCUUGAAGAUCUUGAUCUUAUUUCCAAGAUCAGAAUUUUCUAGAUCAGGGGAGAUAUGAAAAUAUGAUAUGAGGAUUGAUGAACCACAAAAUAAGUAUGAGAAAAAGAAGUCUUAAACUAAUUUUUAUGAUAUUACAAAUGAUAGUUGUGAUCAAAUCCAAUCAAUGAUGCUUAUUCAAACAAUCAUUCAAUCAAGGACUUGUAUACUUUGCCCAGGCCAUAGCGGUUUGUAACCAGAAAGAUGAAUGAAAAGAGAAAGGAAAGAAUUCACUAAAUCAGAAGUUUGAACACAAGAUUGAUCUCUGGUAACCCUCUUUCCUAUUGGCCAACCAAAUGCUGGGGGCAAGACUAAAAGAUUUGUUUCUAAGUUUGCAGCCCUGUUAUCAUAAGGGUUAGGACAUGGAUGGAAAGAGGAGAUAAUGAUGAAGCAGCCCACAAAAUUUCAGCCCUGAACUCCUUUUGGUUCGUCAAAUAUCAUGAUUUAAACUUGGGUUAAUCUGAGUCGUUGAUCUUUUUCUCUCUCCUCCAUGUUGCCGCCAAGUUCAUUUAGGGUUCCACAUUUUUUUAAUCCUUGUAAGCUUCAGUGAAUGGCCAUGAUUAGGCAUAAAUUUUCCACUUUACUUGCCUCAUUAAUCCCCUAACAUGUGUCCACUGAAUGAGGUUCCACCAUGUGUAUAGGCAUCAGCUCGCAUUCAUUAUAGUUUUAAUCAUCAAAUUUUUUCUUCUCACCACGUGUCCUUGCACACUUGAAAAUAAGAACAUUAGUCCUAUGCAUGGCUUCAUUGUGAUGCAAUGCACCUUCAUAAUGAUUGGAUCAGCCAAUCAUUGACAAAAAUGAGUAAACACGAUUGAAACAACAUAUUGAGAUGACAUUAAAUCUCGAUAAAAGCUAUUUAAAACCAUAAGAGCCUAUAAAUAAAUCUGAGAAAAUAUAUUUUGACUUGUAAAUUAAUUUUUUUAAGAAUCCAAUAUCAGAAAAUUCUACAAAAAAGACUAAAAAAGUAUAGAAAAAUUAUAUCAUUAAUCUUAAAAAAUAGAAUGAAUCAUUUUAAGAUGUGAUAAUAUGCAUAGAUUAUCAUUUAAAUGUAAAUAUAAAUGUGAAGUUUAUAAUAUUAAUAUAAUAAUUAGUAUGUUAUCAAAUGUGUGGGCUCACUUGCAUGUAGAUCGAGAUGUCUCCUUUUAGGGGGUGUUAUCUUUUAUUAUUUUCUAUAAAUAAGGCAUGUAUUUCUCCUUUUUUAGUAUGAUAGACUAUGAGAGAUUUCUCUCUCUCUCUCUUCAUUUUAUUCUCUCUCUCCAUCAAAUCUCUUCUUCUUUCUUGAUAUCUCUUCUCUUUUCUAUUAUAGGUGAAGUCCUUAUAAAAAAAGAUAAGAGUCUAUUGAUAACUCUCUAAUGUGUCGGUUGUCUAGAAGGUAUUGAAACAUGAAUUAGAGGUUUAUACUAGAAGUUUUGUUCUCAUUAAGAUUCUUGAUAGCUUGAUGAUUUCUCUUCUACUUAUUUUUAUUGAUAUUCAUAACUUUAGUUUCUACUAUUAUUUGUGAUUUUGUACUUGCAUAUUUAUUCUUACAAGUGAUAUUAGAGUAUUGAUUUGAUUAUUAAUGAAUUUACUAUGACUUCUAAGGUGCACACUAACAUUUAGAAGUUACAUAAGUCUUCUAAAUUUAAUCUCUAAAAGUAUCAUAUUUAUGAUAUGUUGUUCUAAAAUGACUUGUAUAUAAUUUUGGAUGGACCAAAAUAGACAAGAUCAAUACUAAUGGUUGAGAAAUAAUAAAAAAGGAGGCUGAAGGUUUAUUUGUAUAUGUUUGUUUGAUUGUGCUCUUCAACAAGUCAUGAAUAAAUAUAAUUCAAAGAAACUCUAAAAGAAGUUGAAGAACCAAUGUGCAUUAAAUUUGAUGAUAAAUAAAUUGACAUUGAAGAGAAAAUUAUCUAAAUUACCCAUGUUAAAUAGAGAUGAUUUGACAUCUUAUUAAUUAUUUUAAUCAAUCAAUAAAUUACUUGUUUCAUAUAAAAUAUAAUUUUUCUUAUGAGAAUUUUUUUUUGUUCUACUUGAUUCACUUCUUAAUUCAUAUGAUCAUCUCAUUAUAACCUUGUUGCAUGGUAGUACAACACAUGUUCUUGAAGAUACUAUUGACUCAUUGAUGAAAUAUUAUCAUGAGAAGAAAGAUGUUGAUGAGCCUUGUGGUGAAGGUUUAUAUUUGAAGGGUGAAAAAGAACGUGAAAGGUAGAAGGAGAAGGGAUCAUUAGGAGACAAGAAAAGUCAGUUCAAGUUCUAAAAAAUUAGUUGAAAGACUAAACUUGUCAUAAGUGUUAUGAGAAGAAACACUUGUGAAGAAAUUGUUUAAGGAAUAAGAGUGAUAAAAUAGCAAGAGGUGAACCUAAUUUGGCAAAUGUUGCAAAGGUUGAGAACAAAGAAGAUGGUGGAAUCUUAUUUUGGUCUUGUUGUUAUUGAGUAGUUGUCAAACAUAUGGAUUCUUACUAUUGACUAAUUUGACUCAUACAAGAGUACAAUAAUAGUUGUUUUCAUAAAAAACAACAUAGCUUGCUAACUUGCAUUAGUUUGGUGAAGGUUUGAAUGUUUAACGGAGUGGUUUGAGAGUUAAGAAAUAUUUCUCAUGUUUUAAUAUUGUACUAGAAUUUAAUUUCACUUUGAGUAUUGAAAGUUAAUAAAUGUUACUUAAAAAGAGAGAAUGAAAUCCUCAAGAUUAUCAAGAGAUUAUUCAUUAUGAUGAAGAAAAGACAUCAAUGAAUAAAUAUUUAUAAACUUAGAAAAAUACUGAUGUAGGUAGAGUUUGUGUUGUGACACCAAAUGAUUUAAUGAUUGAUGAUACUCUUUUAUAACACGUGAUUGAGCCAUAUGAGUGAGACAUAUAAAGAAUAAUUAUAUAUAUGAGGAUUGCUAACUAAUGUGAAAACUUACAAAUUAGAUUAUUAUAAGUACUGUAUCAUGAGAAAAUAAUACAUGGUAAUAAUUUAAGGCAAUGAAACAUGAUAUAGAUGGUGUGUUAAAUUAUAUUCAUUCAAAUGUGUAUGAUUUAGUUGAUGUGAUGUCGAUGGAUAAUACUUGUUAUUUUUUUACUUUUAUUGAUAAUUUUUCUAGAAAAAUAUUUUGAAAGUAUAAAAUUAGAAGUAUUUAUGAAGUUCAAGACUUGGUGUGUAAAGAUAGAGAAUGAGAUGGAGAAGAAAAUAAAAAUCUUGUGAACUAACAAUGAUAUAGAAUUUAAAAAUUCUGAAUUUGAUUAGUUUUAUGGUGAACAUGAUAUUCAAUAUUAUUAUACAAUGAAAAAUAUUCCAUAAUAGAACACUAUUACUGAGUGAAUGAACUAUAUAAUUGUUGAGAGAGCAUAGUGCUUAUGGUUGAAUGUCUACUUGUUCAAAGAGUUUUGAGUAGAAGUUGUGAGUAUGAUAUUCAGUGAAUAAAUCAUUAAAUUUUGCUCUUAACAGGAAGAUUAUUGAAGAAGUAUGAACUAAAAAUCAUGUUGACUAUUUAAAUUUAUGUAUAUUUAAAUGUCCAAGAUAUGUCCUAACACUUACUAAUGAGAAAAUCAAAACUAGAUCUAAAGUCUAGAAAAUAUAUCUUCUUGGGUACAAUACUAGUGUGAAAAGAUAUUGACUUUAUGAUUGAAAAAGAAAAAUAUUAUUUUAAUAGAGAUAUAGUCUUUGAUGAAAAUCAUAUAUUGAAGUUCUUUUCUAUAGAACACAAGAUUCAAAAAUCUAAUAAUACUUGUGUUGAAGAUAGAGUAAGAUUAAAGGUAAAAAUUGUGUAGAGUCUUCUUAGUUUUAUUAUAAAUGAAGAUCGAGUGAUAUAAUUAUCAAAUAUUCUUGAUUAUAUUAUUGUUAGAUGAGGUAAGCAUAAAGUAAAGCCUCUUACUCAUCUUGAUAAUUAUAUUAUCUUUAAAUUAUUUAUAAGAGAUGAUGUGCUAAUAAUUUUUUGAGAGGUAAUUAGUUGUUUAAAAAAAGAGAAAUGACUACAGGCCAUGUCUAAAGAAUGAGCAUCUUUAGACAAGAAUCACACUUAAAAAUUAGUAGAUCUUCUUACAAGAAAGUGAGCUAUUAAGUGUAAUUGAGUGUACAAAAAGAAGUUGUCAAUAAUUGAUGAUGAUUAAUCAUAAUACAAGACAAGACUUGUUGUAAAAUAUUUUACAUAGAAGUAGAGAAUUAAUUAUAUAAAGAUCUUUUCACCUAUUGUGAAGUACACAUCUAUUUAACUUGGUGCUUGAAUUAAAGUCUUUCUAUAUUGUGACAAUUAAAGUGAUAUUUGCUUGGCAAAGAAUCAAGUCUAUUAUGUAUGGUCGAAAUAUAUUGAUUUGCAGUAUCACAAGAUUUAUGAAUUUGAUAAAUUUUAGAGAUAUCUCUUUAGAGAAAGUUCACAUAGAAAAGAAUAUUAUGAAUAUAUUAACAAAAGUUGUCAUAGUAGAGAAGUUCAAAUAUUAUGUAAAUUUGAUUCAUAUUGUAGGUACUUUAUAGAAGGUGAAGAACAUACAAUAUAAAUGAACAUCAACAUCGGGUACAAUGAUGAUGGCUGUCAAGAUAGAAUUUGGUGGGGUGAGUAAUCAUUAUGAGUUCUGGACCUGACCCAAAAGCCAUAGAUCUUGUAUUGAGUAAUCAUUAUGAGUCACUAUUAAAGGUCAACUAUCUCUUGUGGACAUUGAGCAUACUAUGUGAGAACCUCAUCCUUGGUCAUACCCAACAUGUCAUUGUCUACUUAUAAGUAUUUUUGCGAGUGGAUUAUUGUUUCUUUGAAUCAAUGAAUGAAACCAUGUCACCAUACAUAGUCAGCCAACUUCCACCAGCAUAUAGUGGGCUAUAUUUGACAUUUGGUAGAAAGACAAUGGAUGCAUGUACGCAUCGGCAGUCUCCCCUUGAUAUGCCUAAAGUAAUGCCUCUUGUGGGCUGAUGUCAACGAUUGAUCAAUCUUCUUUCUUUGGGGAAAAACACCCGAAAUAUCAAAUAAAAAUGGGUCGUGUUUAACUUUUUAUUUUUCAACAAUCGUCAAAAAUAGAUAUCAAAUGCCAGGGCUCUUAUGCUUCGGUAACUAGAGAUUGACAACUACACAGGAAUUAAACUCUAAUCACCACAACAUUAUGUUUGCGCAAAAAAUGUAAUUUUUUCCCAAUGUCGGGCCCUGUGCUCAGCCACGACAGUGCAUACCACAAUGGAACCUUAGCGGCUCCCACCGCCCUACACAUCCACAUCACAGUCAACAGGACGGCAAGAACGAUCUCAAUCAAGCCCAGCGCUGGACCUAGUCAAAAAGGUCACCCACACCAGACAUAAUAGGUAUCCUAUAACGUCAGCGGCUUGGGUUGGCAAUCCCUCGGGAAUUUCCCCUGGUAUCUUAGUCUUCUGUCAUCAUCUUCUUUUGGCCCUCUCUCCGUCCCUCUCUCUCUUGCUCGCCCUCCCUCUCUCCCUCUCCUCUCUCUCUCUCCCCCCCUCUCUCUCUCUCUCUUUCUCCCCCUUUCUCUCUCCCUCUCUCUCCCUUUUCUCUCCCCGUCCCUCUCGCUGUCUUGCUCGCCCUCCCUCUCUCCCUCCUCUCUCUCUCUCUCUCUCACUUACCAUUUUGGGCUUUCUUGUGAAACAUCUUACUUUACAGGGAAACUAAGUAAAGAUCUCCAAGUUUCCCAAUGGUUUAUUGGGGUUGUCAUUUGGUGACCGAAACGUUUAAAACCUCGUUAUAUUUGAACGUGGAUAAGCAGAUCUAUUGGUGAUUUAAACUAGAGUAACCGUCAUCUAUAACAUUUUUCUGGCUUCUCAUUGGCCAGCCCAAUGAUAGGUGUUUCGUCUUUCUUGUUGACACUUAACAGAAUAAACCGAUAUAUAGAGGCAAUAUCCCCCGCUUUCCCAAAGGUUGGUUACUUCGUGCCCGGAACUACCAGUUAGUCUCACGAGACAUCUUCAGAGCAGAAAGUUAUCUACAUUCCACUUUAAGUCACCGAGUAGUUGGACAAGUUUCAAUGUAUUUAGUCAUAAGAUUCCACUUUAAGUCUGCGAGUAAGAUCUUUCCUUGAAUAGAAACCUCAGUUAUUCGAGUUACGAGUCUCUCUUUCCUAAACGCCUCUAUUCAUAUGAGGAGAUUAACUCAUGCGAUACAUCACGAUGCUUGACCCGCCAUUUUGUCCAAUCUACGCGCGCUCUUCAUGUUCCGGACGAAACUACAUGAUCUUGCUUCACCAAAAGUCCCAUUAAAGUCAGUAAUCGUAAGACGGAUCUCAAUCAAACGUUCAAUCAUAAUUCCACCACCAUAAAAAUACAUUCUGAGUGCAGACACUCAGAAUAUCAACAAGCGCCAGGUGUGCUCAUCAUUGUGAUGGCCUCGUCCAGCUGAACCUUCAACAGCCCCCCCCACCCCCGCCGCCCCCGCCCCCGCCCCCGCCCCCGCCCCCACCCCCGCCGCCGCCACCCCCGUCGCCGCCGCCGCCGCCGCCGCCGCCACAGCCCCCGCCCCCCCCGAAGUCAAAGCCGCCACCCCCGCCGAAGCCAAAACCGCCGCCCCCGCCGACGCCACCGGAGCCACCGCCACCACCUCCGGCUAUGCCAGCGUCCACACCACAGGCUGUGGCACAGGACCUGAUAAGUCCCACAACUAUCCCGAUGGCGAUAAAGACGGCAACGACGAUCCAAACUAUUAUAGGCGCAUCCAUUAAUCUUCGCUGUCCCCCUGCCCCGCUCAGGACCCUGUCAGAUGAGGGUAACCCUCGAAGGACACACCUAUAUAUAGAUCUCAUGGGUUUCCCUUGACGUUAGCGGCUUGCGUUCACGAUUCCGUCUCAAGAAAUUUCCCGCCGCUUUCGGUCGAAAAUCAUCUUCCUCCGGCAACACGCUACGUGUUGACUAACAUGACGUGUCUCCGACGUAGACCCCGUCUUCUUUGUGUCAAGCUAUUUUUAAUAACAAAAUUAUUCAAUCAUCUACAGAAGAAAACAUCAAGACCGAAUUAUCUACCCCAAACAAUUUAUUUCCAGAUUCUUCAAGUCAUGCUUUUAAUUGUACAAGACCCCAGUUUCCUCUGAAGAAGCCUCAGCAAGCAAUUAUAAAUAUAAUGUGUCUUAAAUAAUAAUUAAUUCAAAUGUGGAGUACUUAAUCUCACUUAAGCUAUUUUAUUUGAUUUAUUCAGCAAAACUUUGGGAAUCAAGUUCGUGCACAGUGUCGGACCCACGCUCAUCCAUUCAUUUUUCACAAACAACCUUUCCCUACUGUUCCUUGUUGUCGUACCCUCCUUGCCGAUAGCAAAGUUGCAUAAAUAGAUGAGCAGAAAUUUUACCGGUACGCCCUCGAGGCUUCCGCAGAACAUGAGGUGUCUCGGAUACUUUUCCUAUUUGAAAAGUUUAAUGGUACAAAAGGAUUUUUACAGAUAUGCAAGGAUAUUGGAGCGAGAGUAGUGAGCCUGCUGUUAUCCAGGGAUGUCUUAUCGGCUUCCUCGAGCUGUUUCCCCCUCAUGAAAGUGGUACGAACCAACAGGGGAGAAGCUCAGUGAGCGUGGUGGCGUCCUCUCUCAUCCCGCGGGAGCUAAUGGAGAUGUACGCCCCUCCGUCCUCCACGCUCACGCUCACCUUCACCUCCUCCUCUUCCUCCUCUUCCUCGGCCUCCUUCCGUCGCCCCAGCUUGCCCUGCGUAGCCAGGCACCGCUGCUCUCAUCCAGCCAGCUCCGCCGCCGCCGUUGGCACGUCCGCCUCUCUAUCGCACCAUCUCUCUUCCGCCAGUCUAUGGAGGUGCGCCGCCCAACGGCGUGGCCUUGUCUGCCCGCGAGCAGCACCAGACAGGCGACUUGCCCGCUUCGCCAUUCAGGUACCUUUUAGUCACCUGCGAUCACCCCUUCACCGUGGCAGGCAGUGGAGCUGUGAUGAGCAUUUCGAGUGAUACCGUAGAAAAUAAUAAUUUAUGCUGCUCUUAUGCAAAAAAGGGUGUCAGCGGCCGUGAUACCUGUCGCAUUAACGAUGGGAGGAGUCAGGGAAGAGAAGCUCCACAGAUGUCGUCAAUGACGCCAAAAUUGAUCUACCGUGCUUACAGUGACUACCAAAGUGCUUCUCCCCGAGGAUGAUCUUGUUUACCGCAGGAUCAUAAAUUCAUUGUCAGACUUUUAUCAAUCUGACUGGGGAGCCAAUUUAGAUAUAAACUCAUGGUUAUGAUUUUACGUUGAGGAUAAACAUAAUUUAGGAUAAUUCAAGAUGAAUGCCUGAAAGAUACUAAUGUUAGUCUAUUGACGCUCCAAUGUAUCAUGUCAUUCAAGAAUCAGCACAUGAGUACGUGAGGCAAUGCUGCUUGAACUUACGUGGCAGUUUCUUCGGGAAAAGCUAUUGUGCGUGUAUGCUGCGUGCAUACAUACAUACAUACAUACAUACAUACAUACAUACAUAAAAUUUGGAGGGUGACUAAUGUUAGGAAAAAGUGGCUGAGAACGUGCUAGCUAUAUGUGAAGAAACCAGGAAUCAUGGUCCUUGUCUUUGAUUAGGAUAUAUCUUCCUUCUGAUUAGUUGCUGGAAAAGAAUGUAGCAAUAAUUAAUAUUUAUACGAAGGAGAAACGUUGAAGAAAAAUAUGUAUAAAAAUCAGACGUCAUUCACUUGUUGUUUUUCUUUCUGAAGAGCAAUGGUGAUGUAAAUGGGCUGAGCCAUAGCUUAAAAUAAACUAGAUGGGUCAUGGAAUCGUGAGGAGUUUUUGGUGACUGAUAGUGUACCGUCUCUAUUAUCUAUCCCCUUAUGCCCUUGACUUUUCAGCAAGACCGAGGUUCCUGAGGUUUAAAACUUUUGAAGUUGAAUUCGCAUGAACUAUUACCAGUAUAGUUUGUGCAGAGUUUUAGAUCGGUUGUAGCCAAGGUUCACCCAAGACUCAAUCUCAGUACUAGAAACGAUAUCAUCAUCGCUGCUUACAUAAUGGCUUGCAAUAAUUCAUGAAAAGGCGAGAGCAGUACUAUCAUAACUUUUCCAUUAUCAUACAGCAGCUGGAAAAUUUUGUCACACAACUUCUGCAUGGGUUUUAAUGAGCCAUUAUUAUGCUACACUUGAGAAGUUAAAUGACACUUUAGAUCCAUCUUUACUUAUCUAAGGACGGAGUAUAUUUUUGCAGUAAAACUCCUGCAAUUCGUUCUUGAAACAUUUUCUAGGCGUAAAUACUGUAAAAAAAAAUUAUUAUGGGAAGGAAUAUAGGCCUUAUUUUAAUUUCUGCGCCACAAUCGGGUGGUUUGUACUAAAAAAUGAUUCACAUUUUUUAGGCUUCAUAUUUUUUUCUUCAUCUGCUAUUGCUUUUUUUUUUAAGCCUCAAUCAUUGUUCUGCAAAUCUUUGUCUCUUCAAUCAUGCUUCUUCCGUGGACAUCCCAGGCCUGCUCCCAAGCUGGUGCUGCUGGUGCUGCUGGUACUGAUCCUCCAAAAGGAAACUUUUCAAAGUUUUUGGAACCCGUUUGGAGAUUCUUGAGACCUCACACUAUUCGUGGUACAGCUCUGGGUUCCUUGUGAGUUUCUUAUAUCAUUCUCCCUUUAGAAGCUGUAUUUCACGGUCCUUCAUGCAUUUAUAGCCUACUUGAUGACGAGGCCAGAGUACAAUUUUCUCCAUUUUACCUUCAUUGUUUAUUUCCUUUAUUGGCAGGGCUUUGGUUUCACGAGCUUUGAUAGAGAACAAAGAUUUGAUAAAUUGGUGGCUGGUAUUCAAGGCAUUUUAUGGUCUCAUAGCACUUAUAUGUGGGAAUGGAUAUAUUGUCGGGAUCAAUCAGAUAUAUGAUAUCGGAAUUGACAAGUAAGCUCAAGUCUAACAACUGUAUGACUCAUUUCAUAUUUCUUUCUGACUUUUCAUCUAAUUUAGUUUCUAGGUGAGUUUUUGGGUCGCUGAUGUUUGAGUCUUGGUUAUCAUUCUGGGAAGUUGGCAUAGGAAAUCUUACCAUUAUUGUGAUUUUUUAGUAUUAACCUUUAUCAGUUUAUCUGCAGAGUCAACAAGCCCUACUUACCUAUUGCUGCAGGGGAUCUCUCAGUUGACUCGGCAUGGCUGCUGGUGUUAUCUUUUGCAGCUGCUGGGCUUUUGAUUGUUGUCUUAAACUUUGGACCGUUCAUCUCUUCUCUUUAUUGCCUAGGGCUCUUUCUUGGCACCAUUUAUUCUGUGCCUCCUUUUCGAUUAAAGAAGUAUCCAGUUGCAGCAUUCCUUAUCAUUGCCACGGUUUGUUAGUUGUCUCUUUUAUUCCAAUUAAAGGUUAUCUUUCACAGUCAUUUAUAAAUAUAUAUUUAUAUAUAUAUAAUCAUUUAUAUUUUCAUGAUGACCGUAAUGGAUAUGUAUUCAUUUAUCACCUUGUGUGAAACAGUAAUGUUGGAUUAUCUUUUUGAGCUAUUGGGUCAUAUCUAUCUGUGAGAUACUAAUAGGUGCAUCGGUUCUGUUACUUUGAAAUGAAUUAAAUUUAUCCAUUUUUCAUGUGUGAGCCUAGGAAAGAGUUUCAGAAGAGGGUAUAUGGAAUAAAAGAGAGACAUAUUCAUCUAACGUGACCCUUACAUUUCUAAAUAGUUUACGUGUAUGAGUCCCAGAAAACUGUUUCAGAAGUUUUACGGGUGAGAUAUAUUGAAUCAAGCUUUUUUUUUAUCCUGCAUCAGUGAUGUCGAGUUAUUAAUAAAUCGAUGUAGUUUUCUUAUCCCAGGUGACCAGUCAUAAUGAUCUUGUAUUUUAUAUGACAGCAAGUUCCGAGCUGAACACCAAACACAAAUCAUGCUUGUGCGUAAAAUGGUUAAAGACGAGUAGAGAAGAUAUACGAUUUAGUGAACUAACCAUUAUGUUAUCUUUUCCGACCGACCAUCUGGUUCUUUAGUUUUGUUGCGAGUUUGACUCAGCCGGAUUACUUUGUGCUAGAUUUUCAGAUUAUUCAAAAUAUUUGGUGGGGCUAGCUUAGGUGGUGUUCAAACGUUCCUCCCAAGCCUUAUUGUCAUUUCAACUACUCAGCAUAAGAGUUUUUAUAUCAUACUUGGAUAUGUCCUUGUUACGUGCUUUGAUACUCUCUUCAUUAAACUGACAUUUUCAGGUACGAGGAUUUCUACUUAAUUUUGGUGUGUAUUAUGCCACCAGAGCUGCACUGGGUCUUACCUUUGAGUGGAGGUGAGAAGAUAAUAUCAAUCAAAUAUAAUGGGAUUCUAGUUUAGUGGUAUCCAUCCACAUGAUGGUGUCAAUAGAUAUUAGCCACCCUGUGAUAAAAGAUCUUUGUUUGCUAUUAUCACAAUAAAACACAAAUUCAUUGUUAGAGAUACGGAACUGAGUGCAGGCUUCGUAGUGAUGUCGGUAUCUGAUGCCAAUUAAACCUUUUUCUACUCUAUAUAUUCUCAUCACUUUCUUUGUUUUGAAAUACGAGACCAACAUCCUUUAGGAAGUUUCUCGUGCUUCAUUAUGAACCUGGCGUUAAUUUCUAAUACGAGAGUGGCAUUUCCUGCAUGCAGUUCCCCAGUUGCUUUCAUCACGGCCUUUGUGACAGUCUUUGCUCUGGUCAUUGCAAUAACCAAAGAUCUUCCAGAUGUUGAAGGAGACCGGAAGUGAGUGGCACCAAAGAAUGUCCUAUGUUUGUUGAACUUUGUCCCGAUCUCUUUUUUAUUUGUAUUUAUACGCCUGUGUUUUUGUAUGUAAAUAACUACUGAAAAUGACGCCCUUCACAAGAUUCAAACUAAAUCUCAGUUAAUGGUGUAGGCACAUCUGUAUAACCGCAUGUUUUUUAUUCCCUACUUAGUAAUAUUUUUAUGUGAUUGCUGUAUGGAAGCCAUCUUUUGGGCUUGGUCACAUGGACAAUAGAAAUUUGGUACGAAAUUCUGAGAACUGCCGUUGGCUUGAAAGUCAUGUCAUGUUGAAGUAUUCAACCAAUUGAAUUCAAAACUAAUGAGUUAUGGAUAUAGCAAUGCCGUUGGCAAACCAUGAUGUCAUACUAUGAUAACAGAAGGGUAAAAAAUUAAUAAUUUGAAAUAGGACACAGAUUGGCUCUAGGCUUUUUCUGAUUCAUACUAAUGCUGGCCUUCAUUGGACAGAAGAAAAACCUUAAGGUACGUUUACAUCGCAUUGAUAGAUAUACGUCUGAAAUGAUUUAGCUAAGUUUAUAUUCAAAUGGGCUCGUACUAUUGUCAGCCAUAAGACACCUCUGCUUAGGGAAUAUUGACAAUCUACAUGGUGGGUUACAUUCAUCAUACUAGAUGUCCCAGCACUUUUGAGAAUCAAAGUGGGACCAGAUUAGGUGAAUUGACUGAUUUCUGGUUUGUCAUGGACUGAAUCUCGAAUUAACUUUUUUAAAAUGUUAACAAUAAAAUUUUGAAAAAAAAAAUUCAAAGUAUUAGAAGAAAACCUUAUACUUUCUGGAAAAUGUGAAAAAAUGUGCUUACAAGGAAGUAGUAGGUUUGAAUAUAAUUUUUAGGUCACUGAUUUGGUGAAUUUUGAGGUAAUGCUGGGAGUCUUGGUCGGUGGCAUGAACAUAAAAACCCCAGUAAACCAAAUUACUCAUUCAACUAGAAGAUGGCGUAGCCAAUUUAUAUAUUUUAUCCAGAAAAAAAAGGCCAAUACUUUAUUCCUCUUAUUUCCUACCCAUUUUAAAUAGAACCAUAUUUCUCUCCUCAUGACACCGAACUAUUUUCAAAUAAUAAAUAGUUUCUGGGCGCAGUGGUUCUUGCAUUAGGACUUGUUUUUCUAUCAAUGCGGAAAUUAUCACACUAUUCAGUACCCUUUCUCAUGCUUUAUAUUUUCAUCAUAGGUUUCAGAUUUCAACAUUGGCAACAAAGCUCGGGGUCAGGAACAUUGCCAUCCUAGGUUCUGGGCUUUUGUUGGCGAACUACCUGGGCGCUAUACUUGCUGCUGUUUAUAUGCCUCAGGUGAAACGUAUACCAGUAGAGGCCCAGUGCCUUUAGUUCUAGUGUCAAGAUGCCUCUGAUCUUCUUCUCAAUUGCUUGUUGUCCAUGGUGACUCUAAUAUCUGAUCUUUUUUGGUCUGAAAUCGAUUCAUUCUAAAAGCAUUUCCGCUAAAAAGCCUGCUUUAUUUCACACUUAUAUUCUACUUAGAUAAAAUAUUUUCUUCCUAUGCAGGCUUUCAGGCGCAAUUUGAUGGUCCCCGUCCAUGCUGCUUUAGCUCUUGCUUUGAUUUUCCAGGUUAUUUGAACCAUACAAAUUGUCGCCGUCGGAAUGAUAUUUAUUUUAUUUUAUCUAUCUGCGCAUUCGUCCUUGCAUGUGAGAGGACGGAGAGAGCUAAAGGGUAGUCCACCUCUUUAAUCCUCUCUUAUUCGAGGCAAUAACCACUUCAACAUAAAAAAUAAAAUAAAAAAUAGAUAAAUUUUGGUUACUUUAUUCCUGGUUGAUAUUUGAUAAUCUUGCAUCGAAUAGUAACCUAGUCAACGCCCUUUCCAUAGGAGGAGAGAAAAAAAUCUCUGAUCUAAGGGAAAUGGGAAGCAUCUGGAGAUGCAAGACAUUGAUUCAAGCAUGGUGUCUGUUUGGACAGAUGGAUCUCUCUGGCGUGCUGCGCCUCAAAAUGAUGGACUAAGAACUGUAAUAUGUAAUGGGAGGACAAUGGUUAGAUGCAGAUUAUGAUCUUCUUUCAAACAAAAAAACAAACAAGUGGAUCCCCAUUAUUUUCCUUCAUCUUCAGUGUAUUACAUUAAUUUUCUGAUGAAAUAUUUUCUGAGCACGUGAAAAAAAAAAAAUCCCAAAAUAGUCUUGAUCUUUUGCCUUCAUAUAUUAUUGAAUAUCUCCUACUCUCUGAAUGAAUAAGAGACAUUUACUUGAUGCUAUGUUGUUGCAGGGAUGGAUUCUGGAGAAAGCAAACUACUCAAAGGUAGAGUAUUUUGUUCUAAUCAUGUUGAUUAUUGAUUCCAAUAAUAUUUUCCAAGCGGUUUUGUUCUUGGGAGCCAUUCUACUAUUGAAUUCCCUCUAAGAAUAUUCCUAGGGGAGAAUGAAUAUUUCAUGUGACAUCUGCAAUGCUCCCAAUGAUGAACUGUGGCUCCGAAAUCAGCGCUCAUGGAGAACAGACCCUGCAAUGCUCCUGGCAAUGGCGGCCCUCCCAUGGCAGACCUUUUGGCCCGAUCUCCGAUCAUGAUCAGGCUAUAUGGACUACCCUUUAUCAUAGUUCUAUGGAGUGUUUGCAAGCUGCAUAUUUUCUCUAAUUUCUUCAAUCUUUCUGUAUGAAUGGCAUUGCAAUAUCAUCGGUCGCUUCUUUCUGGUUUUCGUUGUUUUGAUCCUCUAAAGAUGAAAUUUUCAUAGAACAAUCUCACUAGUUUAGUCAUGAUUUGGGUCUGGUCUAGGAUCGAUAAAUUUUGUCAGAAAAACUUUGAAGUAUAUUCAUUGUUCUUGGCGAAGUUCUCACCUUCUGAUCCUAAGCUUUUUUUUUUUUUUUUUCCUUGUGUCUGCAGGAAGCGAUCUCGGACUUCUAUAGAUUCAUCUGGAACCUCUUCUAUACCGAGUACAUCAUAUUCCCCUUCAUAUAGUCAUAUCCGUACCCUUUUGUUUCUUUUCCAUCUAGUGUACAUGCAUCUCUCUCUCUAUCUCUCUCUCUCUCUCUCUCUCUCUCUCUCUCUCUCUCUCUCUCUCUCUGCCUGCCCAGUUGAAGAGCGUCGCCUUUCAACCUUUGUCAAAGUAAUGUGCUCUGUAAGAGCCGCCAGGACCCGGAAUGGAGUCCAAUCUAUUCACAGGCGAUUUCUAUGUACAUUGACCAUACAAAAACGAGGCCAUUACGUGUAAAACUAGCCUCCCCAUCUCCCUCCCUCUUCCCAGAGGAACCCCUUCUUCUUCCCCUUUCACAGCAAGGGCCAAAAUCUCCCCAGGAGACGCAGUCAGCUCCAGGAUCUAACACUAUGUAUACAAAGGAAUCGUCAGUCUAGUCUCUGCUCGACGGCGCCGCCGCCGCUCGUGCUGGCGGCGGGUGGCCGGCGCCGCCCCUGGCUCCUCCUGGGGACAAGUAAACUUGCUCGAGGGCAUGAAGCUGGACCUCCGAUGGGUAGUCCCUGACGCAGCCGAUGCGAGGGCCUGCGCCUGUCGUCCACUUGAAGGACAGCUGCUUGCCCAGUUGGUAGGAUCUGAGGCCCUUCUUGGAGCUGAUCCUCCUCAGAAUCUUCUCCGGCGGAACCGGCGGCGCAUCGUCCCCUUCGCCGCCGUGCUCCUCGAAGAGGUUCUUCUUCUGGUACACGGCCAGCUCCUCCUCCCCUCCCUUCUUCUCCUCGCCCUCCUCCUCGCUGUCCCCCUCGAACUCCGUGAACAGCCCCUGGAAGCUCUGCGGGUCCUCGCCUCCUUCUUCCCUCUCUGGUUCUGGCGGCACCUCCGCCUCCUCCACGGCGCGGUUGCGCUCAGAGAAUGAGCUCUGGCCGCCGCCGCCGCCGCCGCUUCUCUCCCCCGCCCACGAUUCCUCGUCCUCCUCAGUCGGGUUUUUCUGGAUUGUAUUGUAGAGAGAGAAAGAGAGUAUUAGUGAGAGUGAUCCCAGCCAGGGGUGAGAGAGAAAGAAAACAGAGGAGGGUCAAACCUUCACGUCGGUGAGGUCCACGUUGUUGUCGGUCAGGAAGCUCACGAGCUCCUCAAAGUUCUCCUCAGUCGGGCGGUAGUGCCCGCUGUGCGGCCAGACAGCCUGUUCAGGCAAGACGAAGAGAAUUACAACAAAGAUUCAAUCUUUCCAUAUCCUUUCUCUCUCUAGGUUCGAUGACCAUGAUCCCUUACCUUCAGGGUGCCUCUCUCUACUACCAGUCUCCCCGCGGCGGACGUGGCCCCUCCCGCCAGGAAGCUGGAGUGCUGGAAGGUCCCCUUCAUCUUCUGCACACCACGGAGAAGAACAGAUGAGGACGCCCAUUACUUUCAUGGCGGGAUUAUUCUAAUCUCAGUGUUCUUCCGGGAUUACCUGGCCGACGUACAGAGUCUUGGAUGUGCUGAGGACGAAGAUCCACUUCGAGUCUCUGCAGCCCGCAGAGGUAUCCACAGGCUCCCGGCUCUGCCUGUAGAACAGCUUCCCCUCCUCCACCAUGACCUCGUAAGCUUCCCUCUCAUUCUGCGCCACGCCCAGGCCGACGACAUUAGUUUCAGACAGAGCGAGAUUAAACUAAUUGCCAAUGGUUACAGAGGACCCACAUCGCCGAGGUACUUGAUGCACUGCUGCUGGAGCUUCAAACGGGGGCAGUGUUGCUCGAGAUUGACGUCCUUCCCCUCCCCCACGUCCAGCCUGGAGAAAUCAUUCAUCGGGUUAGAACUAGAAACGUGAUCUUGUUCCCCGUAUCGGGAAGAAGGAAGCGUGAUUACCAGUAGAAGAAGGGCUGCCGGCUCUCGCAGUGAAGCCAGCGAAGAUAGUAGAAGUGGAGGUUGUGCCCGUACCGAUGGCGGGGAUCGAUCUACCAAAAGGGAAUCAUUGGAGAAGGAUUAGUUCGUGAUCGAAAUCAUAUGCUGCAGAAAUCGGAAAAUCUUUCAUUUUUUUCCUUCAUGAACUCACCGCCUCUAGCCAGUGCUGCAAGGCCAGCUUCUUGGCCUUCUCGUCCUUGGACAGCCCCUUGCCCACCUUCGCAGCUCUGGUUCUGGCUCUCGACCAGCGAGAGACGACGGACUCGGGCUGCUCGACGUCGAAGAAGGACACCGAGCUCCUCUUCAGAAGAGCGAAAUCCAGCAGCGUCCACCUGCAGCAGAUCGCCUUAUCAGCCCCCAUUCUUCGGAUUCAUAAGCCACAGAAGAAAAGUAAUCCAAAUCAGGGUAAAAACGAGUCUCGUACCAGCGCUGCUCCGCAAGAACAGCGCAAUCUGCGAGCUUCCUCCUCGUGCGGAAGCUCCUGUAGACCUUCUGCAGCUUCACGGCAGCAUCAUGCUUGGGGGUGCCCUCUGUCGUGGCGUCUGCUAUCGGGAGCUGGGGCUCACUGAUCUCGGAAGCCCUGAAGGAGAACUUGGUCUCUAACUGGAACGGGGCCGAAUCUCUCGCCUUGAAGCUCAGGGACCCCUCGAUGAGCAUCUUCCCGGAGCCAAAAGCUCCGAGAAUGGAAGGCUCCCUGUCCCUGCUGUUGAAGCUGGCGGAGCGGGGGGAACCCUGAACGUCGUCGCACUGAAAGCUGAUCGACCUCAUCAGAAGAGCAUCGAAGCUCUUGUCGAACGUGGAAUCUGCGCCUGGGCAGGAGAACGUUAUCCCCAUUCGGAAGAUCGCCGCGCUUCCUGUCGAAGGUGACGGCCCUCCGGUGGAUCAAUCCUCGGUUCCUGCCAAGAACGAGGGAAGAAAUUAGAGAAAAACAAACAUCCAGGAAUGAAUGAACGGACCCACGAUCGAAACAAGAACGAGCGCCAAGAGGGCGGAGGCGAGAGAGCCUACCGAGGCUACCUGCUCUCACGGGAAGGGAGGAGGGAGAUUGUCAAUCCCCGAACAGAGAUCAAAUGGCGACGGAGAGAAGAAGAGGGAAACGGAGGUUGCGGGGAGCCCAGAAUCAGAAGGAACUGCAGGAACGAGGACGCGACGGAGGAAGAGGAAGAAGAAGAAGAAGAAGAAGAGGAAGAAGAAGAAGCGGACGGAGAGAGAAAUAACAGGGUGGCUUCCCACCCCCUGACCUGCCUUCGGUCAGACCUUAGUAAAGAGAAAGGGAGGGGAAUAACAAAAUCGUGAACGAACCCUCGGUAUUUUUAGUCACUGGCCAAGUGGGGGAGGACGAGGAGCGAGGGGGAUGUUCAGGGCGGGGGAUGGUCUCCUUAAAUAGCGCCCAUGGAGAAGAUCCCCUCCACUGUAGAUCUCAAGCUUUCCUCCCACGUGUUCCUGGAAUUGACCUCCCUCCCCCCUCCCCUUCUUUCACACCCGAUCGCCGUCAAUUCGACCGUUGGCUGUGAGCACCGCCGGCGGCGGUUUGAACUCGCAUCAGAUCAUAAUCAGAGAAAAAGUCAUAAGUUACGCAUCUCGACUGCCGCAAGAUUUGGUCUGGUUUUCAUUAAUUGACUCAUAAUCGCAUAAGAAGCCGUGGGGAUCGUGUGAUUACGUUGCUGAAUAGUUCUUGAACCGUGGUUUAAGGAUUUAAUAAAGUCAACGCGGGGCCCAGACAAGGGCAGCUUUGUACUCUGUUCUUGAAGAUGCUCCGAUCUUGUCAGAUUUUCAUUCCCCGAUGACGCAAUCAAUUCAACUGUGCCCAUCGAGAGAAGAUCAUCGACAAAAAUGGCCAGUCGAACUUUACCCGAUCCCCCCACAGUAAAAAUCUGCCACGAUCUGACGUUGACCCGGUCCAAGCGGAGAUAACUGCCUCAUUUGUCGGCCCCAUCCGUUGACCUACAAUGCCAGAGCCACCCGCGAGAAGGGGACUCGCCUUGCCAGGAUGGGCGUCCUGUAUUCCUUGUCGGGCAAGUUUGGAGGAAUUGAGACGGUCAAUUUGUCUGUUUUCCUCCCGCAACCGAGAAGAGAAAAGCCGUUCCCGCCGCGCCGGAGACUGCGGCGCCGUUGCCGGCGGUGACGGGAUCCAUCCGAGACCGGGAGAAACGACCUGGAAAUUUCUCUGUAGGCGUAGAAGUAAACCGACCGGUCUGCUGACUUCCGUCACUCAGCAACCAAAAGUCAAUCCAUGUACUCCUCGGAGGUGACUAUAUAGGAAAGAAAGAAAGAUCAAGAACACCUUUUUGCGGCCGUGUGAACGUAGGAGCCCAUUAAUGGUGAACGUGUGUGAUUAUUGUUCUCCAGGUCAACUGUGCAUUGCAGACCAAGACCACCACGGUACCUCUCUCUCUCUCUAUCUCUAUCGAUCUAUAUCUAUCUGGUUCGCUCGGCACUUUGCGGCAGAGAUUCCUGGAAAAUGCAUGCAGAGGGGAGAGAGGGUGGCGCUCGGAGAGAGAGAAUAUACGGUGGCCGGCGGAGCGUCACCUACUGCGAAACCGCGUUCAGAUGCCCGAGCGGGGCAGGCAACGGGACGAAGAUAAACUCUAGUUGACUUUCCCUCUCCUCUACUGAGACCCCUGGAAAGUCACGGAUAUUAGUUCCACAAAAACAAUAAAAUAUACCGACUCCAGGAAAUCGGUAAUUCCCAAAAUAGGAAAUUUCGAGGAAGUUCUUCCUAAAUAUCAGCUUCUGAUUUAGUUUGUCGGAAGGGUUGGUGUUUGCUCUACGGUUCCAUAUCGAGAGCCCAGUAAAGAGGGGGGAAAUUAUGUGGGACGGUCAACCAACCCACUUGCCCCAUUGGGAGCUGACUCGUGGCCGCAGUGUAUUAGCUAUAUGAUACGUGACCAAUAAGGUUGCGACGUCCACGCUGGUUGACUACUUUUUUUUUACUAUGAUACGUAAUUUCAAACGGGGUGGACCUGGACAUGGAGCACGAUUUUUAUUUCGCCGUACGAAAAAUAGCCCGUACGGACGCGUCACUCGUGCCCCCCAGCCCCGCUCGCACGGCAGCCGCCUCUCGUGGGGCCCGGCGGGGAAAGACCGACAGACCCAGGGACUAAAGAAAGGUAGGCAGAAGGGGAUCAACAAGAAAACUCGGGGUACGUUUGACCUUCUUUCUGUCCUCAAAUUCUCUUUCUCUCUCUCUCUCCCUCUCUCUCUCCUCAACGAGAGGAAAUCCUCCUGGUCGAUGUAUGACCUUCUUUCUGCCCUCACCAGCUCUAGCUCUCUCUCUCUCUCUCUGUGUCAACCGGAGGAACUCCUCGUGGCUCGUGUUUGACCUUCUUUCUGUCCUUCCUAGCUCUAGCUCUCUCUCUCUCUCUCUCUCUCACACACACACACACACACACACACAACAGGAGGAAAUCCUCGUAGCUCGUGUUUGA